AUGGGUUGCAGAAUUAUGAAUGAUGCAAGUAUGGGGCACAGUUAUGAUGGUUUGUUGUGGACUCUGAGGAGUUUGCAAGAACUCUCUUUUGUGUUACUGCUAGCAGAUUCAGAGGUUGCCAUUUUAUAUAGUUCUUCCUCUUUAAAUGAGCCUACACAAGAAGGAUCUUGGAAGCAUGAAGCAUAUUUGUUGUUUCCAGUUCAUUUGGAUGGAACAUUGUUGGACAAUGCUAACACUAUGAAAGCUAAAAAGGAGUUAUUCUCAACCACCGAUGUUCUUCAUAUAUUUAGACAACUUUGUGCAGGACUCGAGCACAUGCACAAUUUUGAUCCACCAUAUGCUCAUAAUGAUGUCAAGCCUGGUAAUGUCCUCAUAACUCCUGGUAAAGGACAACCACCACUAGCCAUAUUGAUGGAUUUUGGCAGUGCUCGGCCUGCAAGGAGGCAGAUUAUUGCAGAAUAUGCCAAAGAAUGGGCAUCUGAGCAUUGUUCAGCACCUUUUCGAGCUCCUGAGUUGUGGGAUUGUCCAAGUAAUGCAGAUAUCGAUGAGAGAGCUGAUAUUUGUCUUGCAAUUUCUGCAGUGUUGUUAACCGGCGGCGGCGGCGCUCUUUCUUUAGCAGCAUCAUUGGUUGCACGCCUUCCCCUUCUACGAACUGGAGGGGCUUCAUAA